AUGCCCAGAAUUUUCAAUGCAUCUCUUUUCCCUCCCUCUCUUGCAGACAUUAACUCAGAGGGGAAGAAUGCCCCUUCAAGGUCCUACCCACUCGGCUCUGACGAACUCCCAAACAACACGACUGGCAAAGAGAAGGGAGAGCCCCCCCACACCACAGCUCACAACCUUCUUCAGUCAGGAGAAGACUUCUUCGAUUCUGUGACUGAGAAGAUGACUCCAUUGCCUCACAGAGAUGUUCUACAAGAGCCAGCUUCUGCCCCUGAAGCCCAUACAAAACAAACUUUCCCUUCCAAGAAGAAGCCACCUUCUCUAAAGCAAGUAAACACCGCAAGGAAGCAUCUGAGACCCCAAACUACCCCAGCAAUGCUUCAGAGAGCUGCCUCUCAGCCAAACCUGUCACGCCCCAGGUCCUUCACCUCUGCUGAAGAGCCUCAUGCGCUGAGGAAUGGGAUUACUAUGGCUACUGAAGCCAAGCAAGCAACCCCAGAGCUGCCACUGUGGGGUGGCAGGAGAGGAAGCAGUGGCACAACCAGCCAGUCUCCACUGCAGAUUUCUCCUUUUACGUUACGACCUUUAAUCCGCCAGCCCACCUCCCAAAGCCCAGAGACAGUAAAGCAGUCUGUGCCUGAUGCGGCUGCUGUAGAAGGCGAUACAAUCGGCCCCAGUGCUAACAAGACAAGCAGUGCAGAGAACGAGAUGAAUGGAUCUGCUUCCGAAGAAAGUCAAGAAACAACCACUUCCACCAUCAUCACGACCACAGUCAUCACCACCGAGCACACGCCAGUUAUCUGCAGCGUGAGCUUCUACGACCCAGAAGGCUACAUUGACUCGACCGACUAUCCCCCGCUUCCUGUGCCCAACUUCCUGGAGUGCACCUAUAACGUGACAGUCUACACGGGCUAUGGAGUUGAGCUCCAGGUGAAGAGGGUGAAUCUGUCAGAGGGUGAGGUGCUCGCCAUUCGUGGAGUGGAUGAUGACAACUUGGUGAUCUUAGCCAAUCAGACACUUUUGGUGGAGGGUCAGGUGAUUCGCAGCCCAACCAACACUAUUUCCGUUUACUUCCGGACAUUCCAAGACGAUGUGGUUGGGACUUUUCAGCUUCAUUAUCAGGUGUUCAUGCUGAGCUGCAGCUUUCCACGGAGGCCUGACUUUGGCGAUGUCACCGUAAUGGAUCUGCAUUCUGGUGGAGUCGCCCAUUUCCAUUGUUACCUGGGAUAUGAACUCCAAGGCCCCAAACUGCUCACAUGCAUCAAUGCAUCGAGGCCUCACUGGAGCAGCCCAGAACCUGUCUGUUCAGCACCCUGCGGCGGCAUGGUGCAUAAUGCCACGAUUGGACGAGUUCUCUCGCCGAGCUACCCCGGGAACCACAGCAACCUGCACUGCGUGUGGACCAUCGACGCUCCCCAGGGCCAGAAGCUGCACCUGCACUUCGAGAGGCUUCUGCUGAGUGAGAAGGACAGAAUGGUGGUGUACAGCGGAGAGACGAACCACUCAGCCAUCCUCUACGAUUCCCUGCGGACAGAGAGCGUCCCCUUUGAAGGCGUGAUCAGCGACGGCUCCGCCAUCCGCAUUGACUUCCUGGCGGAUGAGGCGAGGGCCACCACAGCUUUCAACAUUCGAUUUGAAGCUUUCGAGCGAGGCCAUUGCUAUGAACCCUACAUUCAGAAUGGGAAUUUUACCACCUCCGAUCCUACCUACAACCUGGGAACGACGGUGGAGUUCACCUGUGACCCUGGCCAUUCCCUGGAGCAGGGACCUGCCAUAAUCGAGUGUAUCAACGUCAGGGACCCCUACUGGAAUGACACCGAGCCACUGUGCAGAGCAAUGUGUGGAGGGGAGCUCUCUGCCAUGGCAGGAGUCAUCCUGUCCCCCAACUGGCCAGAGCCCUAUGCUGAGGGAGAGGACUGCAUCUGGAGGAUACACGUUGGGGAGGAAAAGCGGCUUUUCCUGGACAUCCAGCUCCUGAACCUGAGCAACAGCGACAUCCUGACCAUUUACGACGGGGACGAGCUCACGGCCCGGAUCCUGGGGCAGUACGUUGGCAGCAGUGGCCCCCAGAAGCUCUACUCCUCCACCCCCGACCUCACCAUCCAGUUCCACUCCGACCCCGCGGGCCUUAUCUUCGGGAAGGGGCAGGGAUUCAUCAUGAACUACAUAGAGGUCUCAAGGAACGACUCGUGUUCAGACCUGCCUGAAAUUCAGAAUGGGUGGAAGACCACAUCACACACAGCGCUAGUGAGAGGGGCCAAGAUCACCUACCAGUGUGAUCCAGGAUAUGACAUCGUAGGAAGUGACACGCUCACCUGCCAAUGGGACCUCACCUGGAGCAGCGACCCUCCGUUUUGUGAAAAAAUUAUGUACUGCACAGACCCUGGGGAAGUGGACCACUCGACCCGUUUAAUUUCUGAUCCAGUGCUGCUGGUUGGAACCACCAUUCAAUACACGUGUAACCCAGGCUUUGUACUGGAAGGAAGUUCCCUUCUUACGUGUUACAGCCGCGAAACAGGAACUCCAAUCUGGACAUCAAGGCUACCCCACUGUGUCUCUGAAGAGUCCCUUGCCUGUGAUAAUCCAGGAUUACCUGAAAAUGGCUACCAAAUACUCUACAAACGCCUUUACUUGCCAGGCGAAUCCCUGACGUUCAUGUGUUAUGAAGGCUUUGAGCUAAUGGGCGAGGUUACUAUCAAAUGCAUUCUGGGCCAGCCGUCCCACUGGAGCGGACCCCUGCCCAUCUGCAAAGUGAAUCAAGACAGCUUUGAACACGCUUUAGAAGUAGCAGAAGCUGCCGCAGAGACGUCGCUUGAAGGGGGAAACAUGGCGUUAGCCAUAUUCAUCCCAGUGCUGAUCAUCUCACUACUGCUGGGGGGCGCAUACAUCUAUAUCACAAGAUGUCGGUACUACUCCAACUUGCGCUUGCCCCUCAUGUACUCCCACCCAUACAGCCAGAUCACCGUAGAGACGGAGUUUGACAAUCCAAUUUACGAGACAGGGGAAACAAGAGAAUAUGAAGUUUCAAUAUAA